AGGAGGAUGAGCCACAGGGAUAUAAAGUGAUCUUCCAACCGCUGUGUGCCUUUGAGGUUGUUAGUGACAGUUUGCCUCGGCAAAGAACCUGCUGGUCAGCACUGAGUGUCCUCCUGCUCCAGAAAAAUAGAAAAUGAACAGUAACUUCUCUCUUUCGUUGAUGGAGUGCACACCUACUGUUGUUCCUGGUGGUUGUGUACAGUAUGGGAUCACACCUUCAACUACCUGCUCCUCUUCUCAGCACCCUGCACAUCAGCACCAAUCUACCAGAGGUCAGGGUGACUCCUUGGCUCGUGUGCCUUUCUUUCUAUACCCUGCUAACUUCGAAACCAGCUACUAUGAUGCCUCUUAUGGAAGUGCUUUAUUUCCUUAUGUCCCUUUCCAUGGCCAUUUUGGGGUGUAUGAUUGCCCUUUUGAACCAGCUUUCAUUCAGAAGCGGAAUGAACGGGAGAGACAACGUGUAAAGUGUGUGAAUGAGGGCUAUGCCAGGUUGCGGGACCACCUUCCUGGCCCUGUCUCUGAUAAACGCUUGAGUAAAGUAGAGACACUGAGGGCUGCUAUACGUUACAUCAAGUAUUUGCAAGAGCUUAUCAGUAGGACACCACCUGAGGGUAUUGGUUUAGAGCAUGAAAAUGAAGACAAAAAUGCAAGGACAAACAGGGGAUGCAGGGCCAAUACAGUGGAAAGUAAUUCCAGACUGGACCAUAAUAGUGAUGGUGAAUGCCACCUUCUAUCCUUUUCCUCUUCAUCUUCACCAUACUGUGAAUCAGAGGAUUCUGGCAAUUAGAAAAAGCAAGAGACUGUAAAACAUUCUUUAUACUGUGAUAUUGACAUCUGGAAUGAAACAGUUUAGCUAAAUGAAUUACAAGCUGUAAUUGGAUGAUGACAGCCAGAAGUCUGUUUAUUAAACAUCUGAUAUAGGACAAGAGUUGUAUACAGUAUAGAUAUGUUUGUCAAAAAGAACCGAGUGAUGAGAAUAAAUGCAGAACACUCUUUCAGGUGUUCAUUGACAGUGUAUUAUCUACAAGCUAAGGAGAAGUUGCUGCCAGAACCAUAGCUUGCACUCAACAUGGUGUUUGCAGCUGUUAUCUUGUUAGUGUAGUGGGAACCUUGUCUAAAGGCUACACCUACUUGAUAUAAAGUUCUGGAAGGUGAUCAGCACUGGACUGAUCAGGUGAAAC